GAGGCGCUUGUUGAAGGAGAACCGGGAGGUCCCAUCGCAGCCCUGCGGCGCAGUUUGGCUGCACCACAGCUCCAUCUGCUUCUGAUACAAUUAAACUAUUAUGAUUUUUCUUUUUUUUUUUUUUCUCUCUCCAUUAUUGAUCACUUUGGAUUUGAUGAGAAUCUCAUGUUCCAGCAGCGGUAUCUAGUAGCAGAUCAGCACUGGAAGAAGGACAAUGGACCAAUAUUAUUUUACACAGGCAAUGAAGGAGACAUCACGUGGUUCUGCAACAAUACAGGUUUUAUGUGGGAUGUGGCUGAAGAGCUUAAUGCCAUGUUAGUAUUUGCUGAACACAGAUAUUAUGGAGAAUCUUUGCCCUUUGGGAAUGAAUCUUUCAGCGACUCCAAGCACCUGAAUUACCUGACAUCAGAGCAAGCUCUGGCAGACUUUGCAGUACUCAUUGAGCACUUGAAGACAAGCAUUGCAGGAGCCCGUUACAGCCCUGUCAUAGCUAUAGGAGGAUCUUAUGGAGGAAUGCUUGCAGCCUGGUUUAGGAUGAAGUACCCCCAUGUGGUAGUUGGAGCUUUGGCAGCCUCUGCCCCAAUCUGGCAGUUUGGUGAUUUGGUUCCAUGUGGCACUUACUUCAGCAUAGUGACCAAUAAUUUCAAAAUGAGUGGAACAGGCUGCUCAGAAAGCAUCCGGAAUUCCUGGAAUGCCAUUAACAACCUUUCCUCAACAGAUACAGGUUUACAGUGGCUUUCCAGUACAUUUCAUUUGUGCAGCCCAUUAAGAAAUCUUCAGGAUGCUGCUCUAUUGAAAAACUGGCUGAGUGAGACGUGGGUAAACUUGGCUAUGGUGAACUAUCCCUAUAAAGCUGACUUCUUGCAGCCUCUGCCAGCUUGGCCUAUACAGGAAGUCUGCAAGUUCUUGAAGGAUCCCCAUCUCCCUGACAAAUUGUUGCUGCAGAAUGUUUUUCAGGCAGUAAAUUUAUACUACAAUUACUCAGGAGAAGCCUCAUGCUUGGACAUGUCUGAAACUGCAACAAAGAAUCUCGGCCAGUUGGGUUGGUACUAUCAGGCUUGCACUGAGAUGGUGAUGCCCUUGUGCACAGAUGGCAUCAAUGACAUGUUCGAGCCGCAGAAAUGGGACUUCGAUGCCCUUUCAGAGGAGUGUUACAGGCUGUGGGGAGUGAGGCCUCGCCCCUCUUGGAUUCUUUCUGUGUAUGGAGGGAAAAACAUCAGUUCACACAGCAAUAUUGUCUUCAG